AUUGACAUUUAGCACGGUGCCGUGACGUUUUGCAGCUUUUGCAAAAUAUUUUUUUCUUGCAAGAAAAUAAUAGUUUUCCUAAAUUCGAAAUGUUUUGUUAAAUUAUUCAUCGCAUUCAGUGCAACGCAUUCUAUUAUUUCGCACAAAAUGGAACCAACAAUCUCGAAGGCGCGCCAUCACCGGGCGGCGCUGUGGAUCCUGAUGAUAGCCAAUGUUGGCUCGCUGGUCUCCGCCGCCAACCUCGUCGUCAGCCUCGACCCUGAGGACAGGAUAACAAUAAAACGCGGCGCGGCGUUGACACUCCUCGGGCUGGUAUACUUCACGAGUCUGUUCGAGCUGCUCAACGUGCUGGCGCUGUUCACCGGCGCCGGCGCACGCUUCCGACACAAGUACCGCCUCAGCUGCGGGGAUGUGCUCGAUAUUACUAACAAGCUAGUGUCGGCAGUGCAAGCAGCCCUGUCUUGCCUCACAGGCGUGAUCGUGUGCCUCUGGUCGUGCACGCGGGACUUCGUGCGCUCUUCGCACUUCAUGUCCGAAGCAUACGCCUGGUUCGGAGCCGCCUACUUCUUCUAUGACAUCUGGUCUAUGUAUAUGGUCCACGUCCAGAUGACAAGUAACGUGGACAGUUUCAAGAGCAAGAUUCAGCGGAAGCUGUCGAAGAACGGCGACGCGCUGCUGUCGUCGGGAGACAGUGCCGUGAAGAAGAGCAGGCCGUCGUUCCUGGCGUACUGCCGGCACGAGCCCGUCAUACUGAUGCACCAUCUCUUCAUAGGCGGCUUCGGGUUCCUUGUCAUUGUUUACCUCCGCGGCGGCCUCGGUGACUGCGUGUUCGGCUUUGUAUACCUGAUGGAGCUGUCUACCCCGUUCGUAUCUCUGCGCGGCAUCCUCUCGCGGCUGCGGCUGAAGGCUUCCAAGGCGUACCUGGUCAACGGGAUUCUCAUGCUGCUCACUUUCUUCCUCUGCCGCGUCGUCAGCCUGCCUUAUGUCUGCCUCAUGUACAGUCGGGUGCUGGGCUUGCCGUAUUUUGAGGUUACUGGGUCUGAAACCGUCAAAGUCGAUUUUAUUGAAAAUGUAAUCGAACAAACGAUUAAAGUCUCCCGCAUAGUGUCAGGCUGGGAGGCUUCGCCCGGGCAGCACCCGUGGCAAGUGGGACUCCGCAUGGUGGACCAUACCGGUGGCGUCACCGGCUGCGGCGGCUCCAUCGUGCACCGCGAGUGGGUGCUCACAGCCGCGCACUGUACCGCCUCACGUGUAACAAUGGUGAUCCGUGCCGGAGUGACGCACAUGACGACUCCGCAGUACAUCGGCGAGUCGACGGAGUACUACAACUACCCGACGUUCGACAGCAGCCGCCCCGACGUCGUACAAUCUGACGACGUCGCUAUGGUCAAGCUUAGGGUUCCUGUUGUUUAUACCGAUUUGUUGCAGUCCAUCCGCGUGCAGUCGUCGGCGGACGCGUUCCGUACCUACGAUGGCGAUGUGGUAAUCGCUAGCGGGUUCGGCAGGGUUUGGACUAAUGGCGCAUCUCCGGAGACUCUAAACUGGGUGUACCUGCGCACAGUAACCAACGCACAGUGCGCAGCCACCUUCGGAUCCCUCAUCACGUCCACCACCAUCUGCGCUCGCUACUUCAACGUCACUUCGCAGUCUGUCUGCCAGGGAGACAGUGGCGGUCCACUAGUGCUGACAUCAGAGGAUGGCCUGCCCACCCUCAUUGGAAUCGCGUCGUUCGUCGCCGGCGGACAGUUUGGUUGCCACUCCGGCUUACCAGGAGGAUUCGCUCGUCCCGGACCGUUCCUUGGUUGGUUCCAGGAGAUCACUGGAAUAGAUUUCGAGAACCUUAACGAAGAAGAUGAAACCACUGAGGCGCCAACGACGACUACUACUGAGGAACCCACUACCACCACUACUGAGGAACCCACUACCACCACUACUGAGGAACCCACUACCACCACUACUGAGGAACCCACUACUACUACUACUGAGCAACCUACUACUACCACUACUGAGCAACCGACAACUACUGAGGCACCAACCACCCCAACUCCAGAAUCAGAAUCUGAAGAAGACAAUAGCAAUGAAGAAGACAGCGACAGUGGUUCUUCAGAAGAGGACGAGGAACUAAAUGAUUUGCUGAAACGUAUGGAAGUACUCGUCAAAGUGAAAGUCAGGAUGAACAAGUAUAAGAAGAGGCACGAGGUUCACGAGAAACAUUAAAACCUUGGAUUAAAAUUUGCUAAUGCACGUUUUUUAUAAGUAAUCCUGAAUAAAAGUACUAAUAUUUAUCUUUUAUUUGUAAUGAAUAAAUAAAAUAUUUUUCA